CAUGGUAUCUUUCCUAUUGUUCAUAAACACGUGUCUUCUGCAAUGGCGGAUUUUGAUGAUGAUGAUGACUUUUCUGAUCCUGAAGGCUUCGAAGAAGAUAUUAGUGAUGAAGAAUUGUUGGGGGAUUUACUUAAAAAAAGACCUACUUUAGAUACUGAUGAAGACACUCUUGUUGUUAUUGACAACGCUCCUAAAGUGAAGCCUGAACUAAUGGAGAAGCUUAAAAGGAUUUUGAAGAAAGUCGUGGGGAAAUUUGGUACCAUCAUAUCAGAAUAUUAUCCUGUCGAUGAGAAUAAUAUUUUCAAGGGUUAUUUUUUCAUCGAGUAUGCCACUCGUGAGGAAGCACUGAAUGCUGUCAAGACAUGUGAUGGAUACAAAUUGGACAAAAACAACAUAUUCUCUGUGAACUUGUUCACCGAUUUUGACCAAUAUUUAGGAAAGCUGGACAGUAAAUGGGUUGAGCCAAAGAAAGAAGAGUUUGUUGAAAUUGGUAACCUGAGGUCGUGGCUCCUUGAUCCUGACUGCCAUGAUCAGUUUGCAGUGAUAUAUGAUGCUCCUCGUAACAACAUGAACGCCAUUUGUCGUAACACGCCACAAGAACCAAGCAUUGUUUGUGAACGAAAGAGUUGGACUGAUACGUAUCUCCAGUGGUCUCCUUUGGGGUCCUACCUUACAACGUUUCACGCUCAGGGUGUGGCUUUGUGGGGUACUGAUGAAUUUAAACGUAUCGGAAAGUUUACGCAUUCUCGAGCUACUUUAGCUGAUUUUUCUCCUUGUGAAAGGUACAUAGUGACAUUAAGUAAUGUAGUCGAUAAUCCUAAUGAUCCUCAUCAAGUGAUUAUAUGGGAUGUAAGGAAUGGAGAAAUGAAGAGAUCCUUUAAGAAGCUUUCUAAUGAGGAGUGGCCUGUCAUUAAGUGGAGUUUUGAUGGCAAGUAUUUUGCUAAGAAAGGCGAUGAUGUGCUCAGUAUUUAUGAAAGCUCUAAUUUUGGAUUGUUGGACAAAAAGUCAAUUGUAGUGAGAGGAAUCAAAGAUUUUUCCUGGUCCCCUAGUGACUAUCUUAUAUCGUACUGGGUACCAGAGUUAGGGGAACUCCCUUCUAAGAUUAUCAUCACCCGCAUCCCAUCCCGUCAAGAGGUGGCCACUAAAAGUCGCCACUUAGUCUCUGAAUGUAAGCUUCAGUGGCAUAAGCAGGGCGAUUAUUUGUGCGUCAAGGUUGAUCACUGGGUCAAUAAAUCAAAAAAGCAACAAGUGUCGUGUUUUGAGUUGUUUCACGCUAGAGAGAAUGAGAUACCAGUUGACUCCAUUGAGAUAAAAGAGCCGGUGAUUGAUUUCUCGUUGGAGCCCAAUGGAUCAAAACUAGCUAUCAUUCACGGGGAACCCCCAACACGAAUAUCAGUCAGUUUCUAUAAGAUCAAUGAGAAGGGAACGCCACCUGCAAAACUCAAAAUAUUUGAGAAGCAAGCUUCAAACAAUUUGUUCUGGUCCCCUGCUGGUCAGUUUAUUGUCCUAGCAGGACUGAAGAGUAUGGAUGGUCAGUUGGAGUUCAUAGAUACGUCUGAUAUGUCACUGAUGAAUAGACAGGAGCACACGAAGCUGACUGAUAUAACUUGGGAUCCUACUGGACGAUACGUUGUCUCGUCUCUUAGUUUCUGGUCGGAGAAGAUGGACACUGGUUUUAUCAUGUGGUCAUUUCAAGGCAAGCUCCUCUACCGUAGCCCACGGUAUAUGGAGCGAUUCUGUCAGUUUGUUUGGAGGCCGAGACCGCCAUCUUUACUGAGUGAAGAAGACAUCAAAACUAUAAAGAAAGAUUUCAAAAAGUACCAGUACCUAUUUGAACAGAAAGAUCGUUCCAUUAAGACCAAAGCUUCAAAGGGUUUAAUGGAAAAGCAUAAAAAGGAAACGGAAGAUUUCAGAGCAUUCCAAGAGAAAAAGAAGAAAGAUAUUUUAAGACGUCAAGAAAUGCACAACGACUACAUGAAAGAGUUAGAGUCCAAGUUGGCUUCGUCGAACGAAAUCAUUGAAACGAGUUUCUUGGUCAAAGAGAAGCGUGAAAAAGUUGACGUUUAAUUUUGUCAGAUAAUAAUUACUAAUAAUAAAUGAACUCAAUAAUUAUCUAGCAAAAAUUAAACAAUAUGUAUGCAAAAUUUAAUCACAAGCAUGUGAUUAGCGAUUUGCAAUACUUUUUUCUCCCA